CAGUACAAAUAUGGAACAUCGUUAAAGUUACGAGCUUACUUAAAGAUCGGAAGUAAGACUCAUGUUGAUUAUACACUGACGUACAACGUGCCAUCUUACUCGCAAACGUGGUCAAAAUAUUGGCAGUGGAAUAUCGACAUAUGGGGUAUCAAUAUAUACGUUGGUUCUUUAACUCUGAGUAUUACCAUAAAACCAGGUGUACACUUUACGGUGAAGGUGUAUCCUUGCUCCACUGGGUGUGCAGUCUGUGCCAAAGUUACUCCGAAAGUGACUCUACAAAUAACUGGAGGAGCUACAGCUAGUUUGGCAUCAGUCGUCAGAGGUGGUAUCAGAGUCAGUGUAAACCUCAAUUAUCUUGUCGAGGGUGAUGGACGGGUAGGUGUCUUUACUUCAACAUGUGUCGGUCUUUACCACGGGCAUGAUCCCAUGACCGUUAGCAUCUCAGCGUGGUAUCAGAUUCGCACUAAAGUCAGAGUAAAAGUUAGCUGGUGGCCGCCAAGAUUUUCGGUCAGAUGGGAAUGGGGAUCCGUUAAAACAUGGAGUCCAAAAUCGUCGUCAUGGAGCAUAGGGUCGGCAUCCAGGAAAACAAUUUACUACAAGUGCAUAUCAGGACUAGGGCGGAAGCGUGACGUAUCGUCGGCAGCAUUUAUGUUAGCAGGCCCUAUUAAAUCCUGAUCAGAUGCUUUGGAUGACAUAUAGAAUUUUGCGAUAUUAAUAACAAACAGAAUGAAUAAAUGUUGAAAAUGAUAUUUACAAUUUA